AUGUUGAAGUCACUAAUUGCGAAAAGAUUUGCCAGCGGAGGCACAGCGUACCAUGGUGUGAAUCAAGUUUCUCUACCCAAGAGACCAUUGAGAAAGAUCCGUUUAGGUAAAGCUAGACCAGCUAUCUACCACCAAUUCGACGUACAAGUAGAGUUAAGUGACGGGAGUGUCAUCACACGUUGUUCGCAGUUCCCAAAGAACGAAAUCAGACUAAUUCAGGAUCAGAGAAACUGUCCACUAUGGAAUCAAUCUAGAGACGGUAUGGUCAUGAUGGAUGCCAACUCCAGUGGCAGAGUUGAUAAGUUCAAGCAGAAAUAUGGAUCUGUAUAUAGUAUGGAAGAACAGGCAGCUGAAUCUACAGGAAAGAAGGAAACAGCCAAGAAGUUACAGGAAACUGAACCUGAACCCAGCACCGAUGACUUUGGUAUGGACGACUAUCUAACUCUAUUAAACACAAAUGCCGUACAGGUACAAAAAGGUGGUAAGAUGGCCACCAAAAAGAAGGAUAAGAAAUAA